UUAUAUCACGUGCCUACCACCGGCGGCUCUGUUUCUCCGAUACGAAGGUGGGCCCAAACAGGAAACUUUCAACCUCUUCAUUUUCGAUUCCAACAAAAUCUUUUUCCCUCCUCCACUUAACACCAACUCUUCCCUCUCUCUCUCCUCCCCCUUCACAGGACUUUCCAAUCCUUCUGUGGCUCUCAAUAUGACUUUCGGCACACUCUACGGUCUCUCUGACAACCCACGCACCACUGCGUGCCGGGUUGCAGCCAAGGCUAAUGACCUUGAAGUUAAACUCGUUGAGAAAUCAUCUAUCAGCCCUGCUGAGUACGAGAAGCACAAUCCUCUGAACAAGAUCCCCACCUUCGUGGGCGCCAAUGACUAUGUCUUGACUGAGUGCAUUGCCAUUGCCAUUUACCUCGCGUCCCAGAAUGAGAAGACCACCCUUCUAGGCAAGACAAAGCAGGACUAUGCUUCUAUCCUCCGCUGGAUGUCGUUCGCCAACAGUGAGCUCCUUCCAGCUCUUGGUGGCUGGUUCCGCCCUCUUGUUGGACGCGACCCAUACGACAAGGCUUCCGUUGAGGCCAGCUCUAAGGCUGCUCUCAGUGCCCUUGCCGUUCUCGAGAAGCACCUGACCGUUAACACUUAUCUGGUUGGCGAACGUAUUACUCUUGCUGAUCUCUUUGCUGCUUCGAUGACUUCUCGUGGCUUCGAAUUUGUUCUUGGCAAGACCUGGCGAUUGGAUAACCCAGCCGUUACCAGAUGGUAUGAGACCAUCGUUAACCAAGCCGUUUACAAAGCUGUCGUUCCCAACCCAACUUUCAUUGAAGAGGGCUUGGAGAACGUCCCCCCAAAGCCCAAGGCACCGGAGCCUGAAGAAGAGCCCAAACCAGCCCCAAAGCCCGCCAAGCACCCUCUUGAGAGCCUACCCAAGCCAUCUAUGAUCCUUGAUGACUGGAAACGCAAGUACUCCAACGAGGACACCCGGUCCGUUGCCAUGCCAUGGUUCUGGGAGCACUACAAGCCCGAGGAAUAUUCCUUGUGGAAGAUGGAAUACAAGUAUCCCGAGGAACUCAAGCUGACUUUUAUGUCCAACAACUUAGUUGGUGGCUUCUUUACCCGUCUUGAGGCCUCCCGCAAGUUCGUUUUCGGCGCUGCCUCCGUUUACGGAACGAACUACGACAACGCAAUCGUAGGCGCCUUUGUCAUCCGCGGCCAAGACGCUGCAGCUGCUUUCGACGUCGCUCCCGACUGGGAAAGCUACUCUUUCACCAAGCUGGAUUCCAGCAAAGAAGAGGACCGCAAGUUUGUUGAGGACCAGUGGGCCCAGGACGUUUCCAUCACCAUCAACGGCAAGGAAUACCCCUCCGCUGAUGGCCGUGUCUGCAAAUAAAGAGUGAGCGGAUUGAUUCCCACGUCGAUUACGUGUUGCCACGAUUCCCUCCCCCUGCCUCAACCCUAUCUCUUUUACCUCCCGCACACGUUUUUACAGGAUGCUUUCCACAGCACUAUUAUAAUUUUCUUCCUCCCCUUCCAACAACAUGAGGAGCAGCGGUUGACGAUAUCGCACAAUGAAGUAAUGUGACAAUGAUUCGAUUUAGUGUAGUUAAAGAAAAAAGGAGUACAAAUUUCAUCCAAAAAAAAAAAAAAAAAAAAAAAAA